AUGGACCCGAGUGUGUGCUUCAUGGUGUUCGGUGUGUUCCUGGUCAUUGCUGGGGUGACACACGGAGCCACAGUCAGGGACACGGCUGUGGUGUCAGAGGAAAACAUGACAGAGAUGAUGGCCGGCGAACAGCAGUUUGAAGGUGUUAGUGAUGAUCGUCUCCUGAAGAUGGCGCUGGGUUCAUUGUUGCACAACCUUCAGAAACAUACACGAGACCCAUCAGUGUUACACCACCCUCAACGGUUUGGGCGUGGUUCUGCUCCACACUCUGAUGUAGGAGCUGAUGAGCGACUCCAAUCUCGGGACUGGGACGGCAUUCCUCAGACCGUCUGGAGCCUUGCUGUGCCUCAAAGAUUCGGCAAAAAGUAG